UGCUAUCGAUACAGCAUCUACCAUAUUUCUGUCAGUCUGUCAGCACGACAUGCUGGACAAUUCCCACAUGGCAAGCGAAAUGCAAGUACAAUGGCCGGACAUCCUUUUGAUCUCGAGCUGGGCCAGCUAGACUUGGUUUCAACAACUUCAGGUCUACGGCUACAGCUUGAGAGCAAAGCACAAUUUGCUGCAUCUGCGCAUGAUUUGGAGACACUGGCGGAGCUUGUGGCCACGUGUGGCCCACUGCAACCUAAGCGGGCCUGGCUCACUCUGACACCGGGCUUCCGACUGACCAUUAGGUUGCAUUUUCCAUCUUGUGAUCGAGGCGAAGACGAGAGAUUGGCGGAGCAGCUCGCCCAAAGACUAUCGGAUGACAUUCUUUGGCAACAACUGCAGCUCGAGCCUAAGGCCAAGGAGAUCUCGCUGGAUACCGCAGAAUCUUGUAUGCGGAUUCGAGUUGUCCUAGACGAUCGCGAGAGGACGAGAACCGAUUCGUGGUGCAAAGCACAUAAGCUUGCGCAGAAUGUGCCCGCUCGCGAUGUACAACCACCGCCGGGAGUUCCCAAGGCAGAGCUCAGUGAGGCCAUACUGUCUAUGACUUUUACGGCUCCAGAGACUUGCAAGCGGAGAAAGACCAGAGCUUCUCAGGAUCAAAAUACGAUAAAAGCAGAAAACCCCGAUGAGGUCUUAUUGGACGCUGCUCAUCAUCAAUCUCUCGGCCCCAGAUCCUGCUCGCCAGGUGUUCACUCGAUGCGACGGACAAGAACGACGCCAGAGAGAAGUAACUUAUGUGCAGACAUGUUGUCAGCCACUCUACAAAACAUACCUGAGGACGAAGUGCAGAGUGGCUACGCACAAUUGCGGCGUCCUGGUCUCAAACGAUGUUGGAGUACUGGCGACAUGGUCCCAAAUAUGGACGAUCAGAUCGCGGCAUUGCCACACCUGUUCGAUGCUGGGCUGCGAUACUCAAUUGCUGUACCUCUGAAAUGCUCCACAAAGGAUAUCAUCGUUAGUGCAAGUGAGUCACUGAAGCAUCUUGCUGACGUCUGCCCUACCGGCUUCUCGCCGGGCUUUCUGGAGGCAGUUGCUUCGCGUGCCGCAUUCAUGCCCACCAUCAGCCAUGCUUUGAGCAAUAUUUGUGCUGUGAACGCCAGAAGCCAAACCUUGGGGAACAAGCUCAAAGAGAUAGCACGCCGUGAUGGCUUGACCACUCGGCAGCAGAGCAACAUGUCCAUGGUGCAGGACAGUCUGGGAAGCCACAUGUGGACGGUUUUGACAGCAAACCUACAAAAGUCAGACCGCGCUCCUCGUGCGCGUUUGAUGAUGAACUGCGAGCAAUCGAGCACACCAUUUGAAAUGCUCACUCUUGACGGAUCAGCGUUCCGCAUCCUCGGGCCUGAUGAGCCAGAGGCUUGGCUGGAAGAAGCGCAUUGCUGUUGCGGCGAAGAUGACUGCGUUUGUCCGCCCGAUCUGGAUCUAGACCACAUGCUGGAUGAGGGCUGGCACGAAUUUUUGGUGGACGACGUUCCUUCGGCUUCUGAGGAAGACUCCCGCGCGGAGAGUCAUGACCAAAUUUCGCAAGCACGCGACACUCGCGUGGCAAAUCUCGACGAUGAGGUCUUCUAUGGUAGCGAGCAGUUACAGUUGCUCGAGAAGGACUCUUUUCUUGGUGUCGUACCAGAUGUAGUGUUUGUCGGGACGGUUUGCAAAGACGACGGAAUGCUGAUGGAGUCGGAUUUCGAUGCCGAAGAGAUGUUAGCAAUCUAGCGAGAUGGUAUGGGACCACCUUCAGACGACCUCGGUCUUCACACGAAUACACUCAACGAGCAUCACCCAUGAAUCAGCAGACGUCUCAGGUUUGUCCCUCGCUUCGUGGUUCCUUCGACCAAGUCCUGUUCUGUGGUCGGAACUUCGGAAGCAUGGCGCCGCUCAGGAAGAUUUCAGCCACCUCAAACUCUGCUCAACUCAACGCCAUCAUCAGACCAGAUCCUUCAUCACUACUUCCACUUCACACAGCACGGUAUUACUAUGACGAAUGGCGUUCGCGAUACAGCAUAACGAGCGCCAUGGGACCCACCACGUCACGACAGCUUCGCGCGGCACUAGGCAUUUCCAAUCGCUGCCACGACCUCGCGCUGGCCUGAUCACAGGCGUCCAGCAGAGCAUAUACUGCGUAUCAUGAGACUCCAUUUGCAAUUUCGGUGCCGAUGUCGUGUCGAAGUUCGCGCGCGCAGGAUCGUGACGCGACAUCCGCCGU